CUUUUUCCAAAAUUGGCGCUGCGACUGCUUUUCUUGUCUUCCAACUGAGAUGGUCCGUGAGUAAUGUGUGCGUACUCACACUUAAUAAUAUUAUAAUACUACAACAUGAAAGAAAUAACUCCAAGUACGUCAUUGUCAUCAAUCUAAAUGACGCGUGUGCGGUUGUUUCUUUGAGCGGGUCUGGGAGGGAGGGAUGGGGAGGAUGGAGGGAUGGAGGGAGGGUGGAUGUGUGAACUGGGACUAUAUAAGGUCGUGUCCACUGGCUGAGAGAGAACCAGAGGAGGGCAAGUCCGCAAAGACGAGGGCUCUAAGAGAAGGCUGCUCCCUGAAAACCCGAGGAUAGAGACGCCCACAAGGUCUGAGGAGGAACUCAUCUCACACACCUGCUCAGCUCCAACCAGCCGCCUCGUUCAGUUAGUGUCAGGACGAGUGGGAGGAGAAAGGAAAGGGGAUAAAAAAAAAAAAAUUAAAAAAUGCUCUGGAGACUGAGUCUUGCCUUGGCCGUGGUGUGUGUCAGCGGCAUCUGCAACUGCGUGAAGGCUGACGUGAUGAGCAGGCUGAUGGUGCCCAGGGACUAUGGGGUGAAACUGUGCGGCAGAGAGUUUAUCAGAGCGGUCAUUUUCACCUGCGGCGGCUCCCGCUGGAAACGGUCCACAGAUGGAGACUUAGACUCUUCCCCAUGGACUUUUCUCAGCGACGUCUCGGCGGAGGACGACCAGCGCACGUUGCCGCGCAGCGCGGAGCUCACGGAUAGCCGCUCCCCUCACUACGUCGCCUCCUCCUCUUACUCCCUGGCAGACCUCCUGGCCCUUUACGGCGCCUUAGGGGACAGGCAGCUGCAGCCGCUGGACGUCCCGGCCCAGGUCAGGCAGUCCCAGCCUCCCAAGUUUUUAGGUGAGCAAGAAGGGAACCCGGCUUCGGCCGGCUGGCCCAUACCCAGCAAGAAGAAGAGGAACUUUUCUCUGGGCGUGGCGGGGAUGUGCUGUAACCAGGGCUGCACCAAGAACGAUAUCGGACGCUUAUGCUGAGGCAAUGGAAAAGGGGGCGGGAGGGAGGGGAGGGUCAGGAGGGGUAGGAGAAGGUAUGAGUGAUGGCACAGGGGCUGUGAUAUGAUGUGCAUCGAUGGACAGUGUGUACAUUUACACAGUAGAAUGCAGUUAGCUGUUUCCACCCGUGUCCCGUUGCACUAAAUAUACACACGACGGUAUCCUCAUGCCUCUCCGUUAUGUUUUCUUCAUCCACCUCUUUUAUCUGGCACUUUGUUUCUCAUGCUCUGUAUGUACUGUACAUCGCCCUGUUGGCUUCCUCGAGAAUAAAUUUGAAAUAUUGUGUUCAUAUGAAA